CGCGGGACGGCGCCGAUCCUUUUCUCUUCCGGUCGCAGGAGCCGCUGCCGCCGCCAUGAACGACACGGUGACCAUCAGAACCAGGAAGUUCAUGACCAACAGACUUCUGCAGCGCAAGCAGAUGGUCAUUGAUGUUCUUCAUCCUGGGAAGGCCACAGUCCCCAAAACAGAAAUCAGGGAAAAGCUGGCAAAAAUGUACAAGACAACCCCUGAUGUAAUUUUCGUCUUUGGCUUCAGAACUCACUUUGGUGGUGGCAAGACAACUGGUUUUGGCAUGAUCUAUGAUUCCCUGGACUAUGCAAAGAAAAACGAACCAAAGCACAGGCUUGCCAGGCAUGGCUUGUAUGAGAAGAAGAAGACUUCCAGGAAGCAGCGAAAAGAGCGUAAGAACAGAAUGAAGAAAGUCAGGGGCACAGCCAAGGCAAAUGUUGGUGCUGGCAAGAAGUAAAUGAACAUUCUUCGGGUGGAGAGCGGAUAACAGGCAGCAUCUUUCUAUGAAGUACAGAUUGAAUUAUUCUGGAAAGCAGAAGCUGCUCAUCUGAAUUUACCAUCAAAUAAACUCUGUCAAUAAAA